GCCGACGUCAGCAACGCUCCUUACCCAUUGGCUCUUUGCCCAUUCGGCCUAUGCCUUUUCGACACGUGUCUCCACUGGAACGCAACUAGUCCUUCGUUGUUUCUUCACGACUAAGCUUAAAACGCUAGUCUUUUUCACGGGCCCUCAAAGGGCUUACGUCAUCCCUUUUCUAAAAGCUCGCGGGCCACUCCUAUAGUGCCGCCUGACUCAAAAGCUAAGAGCUGUACAGACACGGCUUGCUUCAGUCACAUAUUUUCGGACGGAAAUACCCUUACUGAGGAGGUGGGUAUUACUCGUUUUGCCCGGGCCGGUGAGGCUUUAAAUAUGGGACUCCUACGCUUCGUUUCUUCCCUUUCCUCCUCCUUCCUCUCUCCCUUAGUAAUUUCGAGCUUCUGUCCGGUUAAGCCAUGUUGUCUACUAUUCCCGCCAUGCUUCCUUCAGAAACCCUUCUUCAUUUUCCGGCUUUCGAUCCCGGGUUCACCCCCGGGGGCUUUACCCCUUGGGAGUCGGAACUUUGUCCGGCUAUCAAGUAUUCCCCUAAACCCGUAAUCUCCAACCCCAGUUCAGAUGCUGACCAAACCCCAUCCCCCAAUCCGGUCAUUUCCAGUUCCGGUUCGGAUGACGACCCAAACCGGCCGGGCCGGUCCGGCCCAGACCAUGCGAAGUCAUGCCCGAUUAACGGCUCGAAGCGUACGGUGUCGGUUUCGGUGGUGGACGAGCGGAAGCGGAGGCGGAUGAUAUCGAACCGGGAGUCGGCGAGGCGGUCGAGGAUGCGAAAACAAAAGCACAUAGAAAACCUAAGGACCCAGGUCAACAGGCUUAGAAUUGAGAACCGGGAACUGAACAACCGGCUCCGGUUUGUCAUUUACCAUUUUCAGAGGGUACAUACGGACAACGAUAUGCUCCGAGCCGAGCACACGAUGCUCCAACAGAAGUUGUCGGACAUACGCCAAAUUUUGAUUUUCCGGCAACUCCAGCACAUGUCAUCUGCAUGGCCAUGCGAUACCGUUAUUACCGAACAAACGCAUCACUAAUCACGUAAUUGAUGAUAUUUAUAAUCAAUAUAAACGUCAUUAAUUUUCCGUAAAACGAAAAGACAAAGAGCCAUCACUCUCUUCCUCUCGUCAUUAUCUAGAUUUCUCUGUAAAUUAUAUAUAAAUAUUAAAGCUGCUAAAGUGAAUGAGUUGGGUAGGUCUUUUUGGUGAUUUUUGGCAACAAAAGUGGGUUUGGAAAAUGAUGGUUGGAAACCCUGGGGGUUACUAUAUUAUAUAUUUUGUAAAAAAAAAAUUAGCCAAUUAUGUUUUGUUUGUGGAAUCAUUUUGUAGUUUCUUCUUGUUUGGUAUUACCAAAUCGAUCUUUUCAUUCAAGCUCCACUA